AUGAGCGACAAGUAUCACAAGGCAGCUCGGGAUGGUUACUUGGACCUGCUGAAAGAGGCCACCAAGAAGGAGCUGAACUCCCCUGAUGAGGAUGGCAUGACUCCUACUCUCUGGGCGGUUUACCAUGGCAAUCUGGAGGCACUCCGGCUGAUUGUGAGCAGAGGCGGUGACCCUGAUAAAUGUGACAUUUGGGGAAACACGCCUCUUCAUCUGGCCGCUGCAAAUGGACACCUCAAUCUCCUUUCCUUCCUGGUGUCGUUCGGGGCAAACAUCUGGUGCCUGGACAAUGACUAUCACACUCCCCUGGACAUGGCGGCCAUGAAGAAUCACAUGGAAUGUAUUCGCUAUCUGGACUCCAUUGCUGCAAAGCAGACCACACUGAACCCCAAACUGGUCAGCAAGCUGAAGCAGCAGGCCUUCAGAGAGGCUGAGAAAAGUAUCAAAGAGUGUGCAAAGCUGCAGAAGAGGCACCACGAGAGAAUGGAGAAGAGAUACAAGAAGGAGAUGAUGGAUACCUCCGACACCAUGAGUUUCUCCAGCUACUCGAGCAGCACCCUGAGCCGUCGGCUGCAGCACAUGUCCAUCAUGGCCUCAGUGCCUUAUUCACAGGCCACUCUCAAUGCAACUGCCAAGGGCAAGACCAAGAUCCAGAAGAAGCUGGAAAAGAAGAAGCAAACAGAGGGAACGUUCAAAAUAUAUGAGGACAGGAGGAAGAGUGUCCGCUCCCUGUCUGGCCUCCAGCUCAGCAAUGAAGUGAUGUUUGUGAAACAGGGGACCCAUGCCAGCCCCAAGGACAGGAUGAGAUGUAAUAUCCGGGAUAUGUUUGCCACUGAUGAGGACACAGUGUCACACGCCAUCAGCGAGCCCGGCUUACAUAUGGACACAGCCAAUUCGGAGAUCAGUACCGACUCGGGGCACGAGUCACUCUUCAAUCGGCCCGGCCUGGGGACCAUGGUCUUCCGCAGGAACUACGUGAGCGGGGGCCUCUUUGGGAUUGGACGCGAUGGCGGAGAGGCGAUGGGGAAUGGUGAGUUGAAGAGUCCAGGGGUCAGGCUGAGGAGCCGGCUCCUGCGCUCGGCUAGUGUGGAUGACAGCAUCGGCAGCGCACGCAGUUUACAGGAGAGGGACGACGACGAGCUGCCUUGGGAGGACGUGGAGUUGGGCCUAGAUGAUGACCUUGAGCCUGAGACCAGCCCCCUGGAAACUUUCCUGGCCUCUUUGAGCAUGUUUGAGUUUGUGCCAAUCUUCAAGAAGGAGAAGAUUGACCUCGAAGCCCUGAUGCUUUGCUCAGACGAGGAUCUGAAAAGCAUAAACAUCCCAUUGGGACCCAGGAAAAAAAUCAUGGAGGGCAUUCAGAGGAGGCAGCAGGUUCUAGAGGAGCCUGAUAAACUGGAUGACACGAGUCUGUAAGUGCCAUUGGAAGGGGCAGUUUUACUGGUUUUCACAGAGACAGAGAGA